GAGUGUUAUUUAAGGACGUCCAUUGAUAGCAGCGAUCUGUUAUCACGUUAUCAGUGACGUCACGGCUCAUCUCAACCAUCACUACACAACUACAGCUCCUACAAACACCACGCGCACGGAAUAUAUCGCUUCAAAGUUGAUAUUCGUUUGAAGGUAACGAUGGCGGAGCAGAAGUCUCUGAUCCUGGAGCCGGGGAAGGUGAUCAGACCGAUCAUAGACCACGACGGAGUCAGACUCCUCGCCGAGAGGCUGUACGGGAUAUCGGUGUUAGAGCUGGAGGAACUCAACGGAUACGACGACAAGAAUUAUAAAAUUAUAGAGGACCCCAACGUCAAGAACCCGCUGAUCACGAACCACAGCCCGCACGGGUACGUUCUGAAGAUUAUGAACUCUGUAGACUCACAGAACCUUGAUGUUGUUGAAGCACAAAACGAGAUCAUGAAUUUCCUGGGCACCCGGUCCGUGUGUUGUCCGAAGCCCGUGCGUAACGUGUUCGGUCACCUGUACUCGUCCGAGCGUGUCGGUGACUCUCAGCACGUGGUUCGUCUCUUGGAGUACGUACCCGGAGUGUUGCUGAAGGACGCUCCUCACAGCGACCAGCUCUGGUACCAACUAGGAGAGUUCGCAGCCAACCUCGUCAACAAACUAGAGCACUUCAAUCACUCGGGCGUGGUUUCCCGCCAGCACAUCUGGAUGUUGAGUAACGUUCCGCAGCUGGAGAAGUUCAAAUACGUCAUCAAGGACUCCGAGCGCCUGGACCUGGUCGAGGAGGUAAUUGAAGAGUUCAAGUACGCGGUCAUCCCUCAGAUGGAGGAACUUGAGAAGGGAGUCAUACAUGGAGACAUCAACGAGAUGAACGUACUCGUUGGUCUUAAAGAGGGCAGUAAGUCCGACUACCGCGUCACCGGUAUCCUGGACUUCGGCGACAUCCAACACUCGUGCGUGGUGUUCGAGUUGGCCGUGGCCAUGACGUACGCGAUGCUGGUGUCGGGUGAGCGAGCCGGGGGGGUGGUGCUCGCCGGCUGGAGCGUCACCAGGCGUCUGCCGGACCACGAGUACAGGCUACUGAAGACGUUGAUAUCAGCUCGCCUGGUCCAGAGCCUCAUCCUGGGAGCGUACACCCGGGAACAGGACCCUGACAACAAGUACGUGUCCUCCACUGAGAAGGCCAACGGAUGGGAACUGCUCAAGAAGAUCAGGAAGUCGAAGCCGGACCCUGACAACGACUGCACCAACUGGAAAGCCAUCGCCAACGACUUCCUCACGAGAAGUUAGGCUCGCCGCGUCGCUUAGUAGAGCAGUGCACGCUUCCUGUGUCACAGCUACGGCUGUCUUCAGUCAGCGUCGUUGUUUAGUUAAAUCAAACUUAUAUAUUUAUAUUACUUCGCUUACAAUAUAUUCUAGUAUUUAAAGUGUUGUUGUUGUAUUUUAAUGUAUAUUAUUAUUUGUCUAUAAAAUGUUUAUUUUUAUCUUUUAGUUAUUUUUGAAUCGACAAAUGUAUUUAUAUAAUUUAGUUGUAAAAUAAAUGAUUGUCGGAGCAACG